CGGCUCCGUGAAAACUUAUGGCGCGCCUCUUCCUUCGGCGGGGCUUCUUUCGGGCUUUUCCGGAGGAGCCUGCCGAAGGCUGUGAGGCCAAAUCCUGCUCUUUUCUCAGGAGUGUCGGGAUUGGAAAAGUUACAGCUGGGGGAUGCUAAACUGUAGAUCUUGGCAGAGCGGGAGGGCUUGCAGCUUUGAUGGGGCCACGUCUAGGUUUAGUCCCGCCGACUUUAUUGGGAUUUACUCAACUCCCUGAAUCUUAAUUUAAUUUGCAACAUUUUAAGGUUAGAGCUUUCCCCCCUUUGUUGUUGUGUGUCUUCAAGUCCUUGAUGCUGGCCUUGAUCAUGGCUUGAUUGGCUGAAAGGGUCUUUGCCUCCCUAUGAAGCUGAGAGAGUGUGACCCUCGUGGGUUUUCUACUGCACUUUUCUUUUAUUGGGUUGCUGUGAGUUUUUCGGACUGUCUGGCCAUGUUCCAGAAGCAUGCUCUCCUGACGUUUCGUCCACAUCUAUGGCAGGCAUCCUCAGAGGUUGUGAGGUCUGUUGGAAACUAGGCAAGUGGGGUUUAUAUAUCUGUGGAAGGUCCAGGGUGGGAAAAAGAACUCUUGUCUGUUGGAGGCAAGUGUGAAUGUUGCAGAGGGCCACCUUGAUUAGCAUUGAAUAGUCUGUCAUCUUCAAAAGCUGGCUGCUUCCUGCCUGGGGGAAUCCUUUGUUAGCUGGCCCUGAUUGUUUCCUGUGUGGAAUUCCCCUGUUUUCUAAGUGUUGUUCUUUAUUUACUGUCCUGAUUUUAGAGUUUUUUAAAUACUGGUAGCCAGAUUUUGUUCAUAUUCAUGGCUUCCUCCUUUCUGUUGAAAAUGUCCACAUGUUUGUGGAUUCAGUGGCUUCUCUGUGUAGUUUUGGGUAUAUUACUAACAACCAAAAACUACAUUUAUCUGGCAUCCCCCAUGGGUACCAGUUACGGUAGCUGAGUUACAAUAACACUAUGUAAGAAAAGUUGAAUUUUUUUCUGUUCCUUGUUUGAAAGUGUUAUUUCCUUGUGCAAUCCUUACUUUGAUAGUACAGUGUUCCCUCACUACUUCGCGGUUCACUUUUCGCGGAUUUGCAAUUUUGCGGUUUUUUGAAUAAACUCUAUAAAAGACUAUUAUAAAUAAUAAAAAUAUAAUUUACAGCCUAAGGAAGGGAAGAAGGAGAAGCCAAAGGGAGAGAAAAGGAGCCCAAGCGGCAAUGGGAGGAGAAGAAGGCGAUUUAUCAACACACAAUUGGUUGAUAAAGACUUAAAAUAGUGUAUAACUACUAAAAUAAUGUAUAAAUAUUAAAAUAAAUAUAGUGUCCCUACUUCGCGGAUUUUCACUUAUUGCAGGUGGUCUUGGAACCUAACCCCAGUGAUAAGUGAGGGAACACUGUAAUUGUUAUACUCUAGAAACUUUUUUUGUGGAUGCCACAAACUAUGUUGAAUUGGUUGAGACUGAGAUUUUCAUUGAAAAACUAUAGGAAAAUGUGCUGCAGGAUGUCCCGCAAAAACAAAUAUUUUGGCGUUUAAUUAACCUUUUCCAUAUUUUUAUGAUAAAACCAAUUAGGAAAUGACAUUAAUAAGCUGAGAACAAAAAUUGUGUUAUAUAGUGUAAUUAUAAACGGCAGAGUUUCCGUAUUGAAGAUUUUGAAGGCUGCCUAGAGAGAUUAAAACCAUAGCCCUGUGCUGUAUCUAAAAGUCUGUCCAAAGGAAAGCAAACAUGAAGUAUCUCGCCUGUUAGAGGAUAACUGGGAUGAGAUGAGAGGAUCACGAUCCAUACCACAAUCGUGGUUUGAGGUGUAAAUAACAAGGAGAAUGGCUCAUCUUCUGGCACAGAAAUUGGGGGCAUUAUCUUCUAUCCAGAGGAAGUAGAAUUGAUGCGGAUCCUCUGCAGUUAUGGGAACUGCCUCCUCCUUAGUAAGCCCUGUAGGCACAGUUGGUGAGGUGAUCGAGGACACCUAUGAAGGCGGUGGCGGCGAGGCCUGCGAGAUCCCUGUGGAGGUGAAGCCCAAGGCUCGCCUCCUGCGCAGCUCCUUCCGACGCGUGGGGACGUCACGGCCCGGAGGCCUGAUCGGAGCCAGCUUCAAGUCCACGGCCUCAGUCCAAGAACUUGAGUGCAUGGCUGAGUACGAGCGCCUGAGGAAGGAGUACGAGAUCUUCCGCAUCAGCAAGAACAACGAGGUGGCCUCCAUGAUGAAGAAGGAGGCCAAGUUGGACAAGGAGAACAAGCGCUUGCGAGCAGAGCUGCAGGCACUCCAGAAAACAUAUCAAAAAAUACUUAGAGAGAAAGAAAGUGCUCUCGAAGCCAAGUAUCAAGCCAUGGAGAGAGCUGCUACAUUCGAACACGAUCGAGACAAAGUCAAAAGACAGUUCAAGAUUUUUAGGGAAACUAAGGAAAAUGAAAUCCAGGAUUUACUGAGGGCCAAGCGAGAGCUGGAAGCAAAAUUGCAGAGGCUGCAAGCUCAAGGCAUCCAGGUAUUUGAUCCUGAAGAGUCCGAUUCAGAUGACAGCUGCACAGAGGUUACUGCCGCUGGCGCUCAGACUGAAUACUGGACAGGCGGAGCAUUGGGGAGCGAACCAUCCAUGGGCAGCAUGAUGCAGCUCCAGCAGUCUUUUCGGGGCCCAGAGUUUGCACACAGUUCCAUUGAUGUGGAAGGGCCAUUUGCAAAUGUCAACAGGGAUGAUUGGGAUACAGCUGUUGCCAGUUUGUUGCAGGUAACGCCAUUGUUUUCCCACUCUUUGUGGAGUAACACAGUAAGGAUAUAUCUCAUCAACACAGAGGAAACUCAUCCAGAAGUGGACAUUUUCAUACAGAAAUAUUCGCCAAAACUUCGGAAAUAUUGUGAGACAAUGGAAUACUUCUUCCAAGUUGUCCAUUUUGCAGUGGAAACGGACAGUCCUUUCCAAGCCGUUAGGAAAUGGGAAAUUGAGAAGAGUUCUUUAGCCAUUUUAUUUCUACAUCUCAGUUUGCCUAGCUGUCUCAUGGAUGAGUGUGAAGAAGCCUUUUUGAAGAACCCCGAAGGGAAACCUCGGCUUAUUUACCGCCGGCUGGAAGAAGGCCAAGUCAGUUCAGAUGCCGUAGAGCAGUUAGUUGAGCAGGUUCAAAUUGUGAACAAAGCCAAGAUUAUCAACCAUACAGGAGGAUUAGAGGAAGGAGCCUAUGAAGUCUAUAAUUAUGUUGAAAAAACCAUAAAACAGGAUAUAUUAGGCUGUGAAAUUACACAGCUAGAAAAGAAAGACAUAACCGAUAAUAGUGACUCUUCUAUUCUUGAAGAGGAGGUUUUUGGAGAUGUCCUGUGGGAUGCUCAUGACGAACAAGAACAGAUGGAGGCUUUCCAGCAGGCUUCCAAUUCUUCUUGUGAGCUAGGAUUCGAGAAGUAUUAUGAACGACUAAAUGACUUAGUCGCAGCCCCAGCACCAAUCCCCCCACUUCUUGUCUCUGGAGGACCAGGAUCUGGGAAAUCUCUCCUUCUGUCUAAAUGGAUUCAGUUGCAACAGAAGCAUUCACCAAAUACACUCAUUUUAUAUCAUUUUGUUGGGAGACCCAUGUCGAGCAGUUCAGAGCCUUCACUGAUCCUCAGACGUCUCACUUUAAAGCUUAUGCAACAUUCCUGGUCAGUCUCUCCUUUGACUCUGGAUCCCACAAAGCUAUUGGAAGAAUUUCCUCAUUGGUUGGAGAAACUUUCUGCUCAUCACCAAGGGGGUGUUAUUAUCAUAAUUGACUCUAUUGAUCGGAUCCAGCAAGCUGAAAAGCACAUGAAGUGGUUGAUCGAUCCUCUGCCAGUGAACGUAAGAGUUAUAGUAUCCGUGAAUGUCGAAACUUGUCCGCAAGCAUGGAGACUAUGGCCCACCCUUCAUCUUGAUCCAUUAAAUGCUGAGGAUGUGAAAUCUCUCAUUAAUGAAGAGUGCAGUUCUGCAGAUCUCAAACUGACUAAAGAACAGGAAAAGAAGCUGGAGAAACACAGUCAUUCUACUACAACGUGCAAUGCUUUAUAUGCCAAGCUUUUGGGCAGAAUGGUGGCUAGUGCUGGAAGCAUCGAAAAUAGUGAUGUGAUUCUUCAAAACUGUCUCCGCUGCCAAGAUACGGUGUCACUGUACAAGCUGGUUCUGAGAUCAGUUGAAGAAUCUUUGAAAAGUGAUAAAGACAAAGACCUAAUGAAAGAGGUUCUUUGCCUCAUUAGUGUCAGUCACAAUGGAAUCAGUGAAUCAGAACUGACAGAACUGUGUCCUGAACUGUCUUGGGAAUUGUUGGCCUCCUUAGUUUACAACUUACACAAGACGUGUUUUUUGACCUAUGGCUGUGGCUUGCUAAAAUUUCGGCACCUCCAGGCUUUGGAAACUGUGAAGCUGGAAUACAUGGAAGAACAGAACACUUUGGCUGCUUAUCGAAAAAAACUGAUUGCAUACUUCAGCAUGCAAUUAAGUGAAGAGAGAGUGACUUGGCGGAGUGCAGAUGAACUCCCCUGGUUGUUCCAGCAACAAGGUGACAAGCAGAAGUUACACAAAUGCCUCCUGAAUCUCUUUGUAUCUCAAAACUUGUAUAAAAGGGGCCAUUUUGCAGAACUAUUGAGCUACUGGCAGCUCCUUGGCAAAGACAAGAGCUCUAUGGCAGCAGAAUAUUUCAGUUCUCUGAAGCUCUAUGAGAAAAGCUGCGAGGGAGAGGAAAGCAUGAUCACAUUGGCUGAUCUCUAUGAGACUCUGGGGCGAUUUCUUAAAGAUCUAGGUCUUCUCAGUCAGUCUAUUGCUCCCCUGCAACGCUCCCUGGAGAUCCGAGAGACUGCCCUCGAUCCAGAUCAUCCCAGAGUAGCCCAGUCCCUCCAUCAGUUAGCAGGCGUUUACAUGCAGUGGAAGAAGUUUGGCAAUGCUGAGCAGUUGUACAAGCAGGCCCUUGAAAUCUCUGAAAGUGCUUACGGGACUGAACAUCUCAGGGUUGCUCGGGAACUGGAUGCUCUCGCCACGCUGUAUCAAAAGCAAAACAAAUAUGAACAAGCUGAACAUCUGAGGAAAAAAUCAUUCAGAAUUCAGCAAAAAGCUGCUAGGAGGAAAGGCAGCCUGUAUGGAUUUGCACUUCUUCGCCAACGAACCCUUCAGCUGGAGGAAUUGACUUUGGGUAAAGAUACCUCUGAUAAUGCUAGGACACUUAAUGAGCUUGGAGUCCUCUACUACCUGCAAAAUAAUCUUGAGACAGCAGAGCUUUUUCUGAAACGUUCUCUGGAAAUGAGAGAACGAGUUCUUGGGCCUGAGCAUCCAGACUGUGCCCAGUCUUUGAACAACCUGGCAGCUCUCAACAAUGAGAAGAAGAAUUAUGAGAAGGCAGAGGAGCUGUAUGAGAGGGCCCUGAAUAUCAGGAGGCAAGCAUUAGCGCCUGACCACCCUUCCUUAGCAUACACCGUUAAACACCUGGCUGUACUCUACAAGAAGUUGGGAAAGCUUGACAAAGCUGUGCCCCUGUAUGAGCUGGCUGUUGAAAUCAGGCAGAAAUCCUUUGGUCCGAAGCACCCGAGUGUGGCUACUGCUUUGGUGAAUCUGGCAGUUCUUUGUUGUCAAAUGAAAAAACACUCUGAAGCCUUGCCUCUUUAUGAACGGGCUCUAAAAAUUUAUGAAGACAGCUUUGGGCGUAUGCAUCCUCGAGUAGGAGAAACGUUAAAGAAUUUGGCUGUGCUGAGCUAUGAAGGAGGGGAUUUUGAGAAGGCUGCAGAGCUGUAUAAGAGAGCCAUGGAAAUCAAAGAAGCAGAGACUUUGUUGAUGGGCGGAAAUGCAGCUUCCCGUCACUCGUCAAGUGGAGAUACUCUCAGUUUGAAAAGUGCAUUAUCUCCCAAUGUGCUCCUGCAGAAUGCUCGAAGGUGAUGCGCACACAGGCCAAGAAGCAAUUGCCUCUCCAGCACCAAGAGAAUCGAGAGUUUCUUCCCUUUUCUCUUUUGCUGCAGCCCUCCAUGGCAGCAAAAUACACUCUGAAGGAUCUCCCUGUCCCCUCUCCCAAGAGCAAUUUUAGUUCCAAGGUGAUUGCAGACUGGAUGAGUGAUGCCUUGUACCAAUCCAACUAAGCGCACUAUUGGAUCCUGGCCAGAAAAUACGUUAAAAUGUCAGUCUUUUAAAUGCUGUAAUUAAGUGUCAAAGUAUUAAAGUGGUAAAUGGUGGACACUAUAUUGAGAAAUAGUGGAACAGAACACGUGUUUAGAACACUAACCCACUUCAAGACACAAACAUUAAACCAUUUUCAGUGUUGCAAAAUACUGUGGGGAUUUAUCCAAACAGUUUAAAAAGUAGUGUUAUUUACGAUAUCCAAAACUUCAAUAUAUUAUGAGGGUUUAGGUCCCAUUUAUUUCAAGACUUGAGUUGUUAGGCACUUGUUUACCGAUUUCUAUUCUUUAGACUUUACUGAACCUUUAUUAAGGUUAGUAUGUAUUUGCACUGUAGGAAAACUAUGGUAAACUUCUACCUCUUUCAGGCAGAUUUUGAAUUAGGAGUACUAUUUUUAAGAUAAAGAAUGUGUGGACAUCACUUCGUGAUGACUGGGCUUUCAAGAAUAUUUUAAGUGUAUGAUAGUUUGUAAAGGAAAUUCCAUUAAGGGUUUUUAUACUGAGCACAUUUCACAUUCUUCUCUCCACAUGUGAACAGUUUGUAUAUGCAAUCAUUAAGUUCAGGCUUUUAUUUCAGUGAGAUUAAUAUCCUUUGAUUACUCUUUUAGUCAAAUUUAAUUCUAUUAACAUUUGUAUGAGUGGAAUUGCCAAGGUCUAUUACUGAAAGAAUUAGAGGUAUCGUGAAGGAAUUCUUCACAAAUAUGAAGUUAGUAUAAUUUUGUAAAAAAAAAAGUGGAAUGGAAAAUUGUUCUUUAAAAAACCCCACCUGCUUACAUAUAACAUUAAAUGGUGGCUGGAUAUUGCUCAAAUGAGACAAAGGCUCAUUUAUUCCGCCCUUUGUUUUGAAUUGUGGCAGUGCAUUAGAUCAAGCCUGCAUAGUGAUAAGAAGAAAUGGAUCUACAGAAAAGGGCCUUUUGAAACAAGAAAACUUUGAACUGAUUUAUCAGGCUCUUAAUAAACCAUAAUUAAGGUUGACUGCUUUUUAGCAAGUCAUCCAAUCUGUGUAUUUAAAAAAAAAAAAAAAGCAAACACUUCCAAUGCUUAUAGUGUUAUACAUGAGUGAGUCUUAUUCCAGUUAAUACUAAUCUUGAAGUCUUUUAUAGAUCAGCAGCAAAUAGGUGAAAAAUAGAUGCUGAUUUCUUCUGUGUUGACUGCUGGUUGUUGUAUCAACUUGACCAUGCAAGUUAAAUCUUUUUGAGAUUUAAAAGCAAUAUAGGAAGUCGCCACCAAUGUUACUUUCUUUGCAGAUAUAUUAUAUGUCAAAUAAAUUACUUUGCAAUAA